AUGAGCAGGAAGGAGGAGGCGGCGGGCUACGAGCGCGUCCUGGAGCUGGACGUGAAGCUGGGCCAGGUGAGCAUCCGCAACCCCCGCGCCGCCCCGGGCGAGCUGCCCAAGACCUUCACCUUCGACGCCGUCUACGACGCCAGCUCCAAGCAGGCGGACCUCUACGACGAGACCGUGCGGCCGCUCAUUGACUCCGUGCUGCAGGGCUUCAACGGCACCAUCUUCGCCUACGGCCAGACCGGCACCGGCAAGACCUACACCAUGCAGGGCGCCUGGGCGGAGCCGGAGAAGCGCGGCAUCAUCCCCAGCUCCUUCGAGCACAUCUUCACCCACAUCUCCCGCUCGCAGAACCAGCAGUACCUGGUGAGGGCCUCGUACCUGGAGAUCUACCAGGAGGAGAUCAGGGACCUCCUCGCCAAGGACCAGAGCAAGAAGCUGGAGCUGAAGGAGAACCCCGAGACAGGGGUGUACAUCAAGGACCUCUCCUCCUUCGUGACCAAGAACGUCAAGGAGAUCGAGCACGUGAUGAACCUGGGGAGCCAGACGCGCUCCGUGGGCAGCACCAACAUGAACGAGCACAGCUCCCGCUCCCACGCCAUCUUCCUCAUCACCAUCGAGUGCAGUGAGACGGGGCCGGACGGCGAGGAGCACAUCCGGGUGGGCAAGCUCAACCUGGUGGACCUGGCCGGCAGCGAACGCCAGAGCAAAAUGGGGGCCCACGGAGAGCGCCCCAAGGAAGCGUCCAAGAUCAACCUCUCCCUCUCCGCCCUGGGCAACGUCAUCUCCGCCCUCGUGGACGGCAAGAGCACGCACAUCCCCUACCGGGACUCCAAGCUGACCCGCCUGCUGCAGGACUCCCUCGGCGGCAACGCCAAGACAAUCAUGGUGGCCACCUUGGGCCCGGCCUCUCACAGCUACGACGAGAGCCUCUCCACCCUCAGGUUUGCCAACAGGGCCAAGAACAUCAAGAACAAGCCCCGGGUGAACGAGGACCCCAAGGACACCUUGCUGCGGGAGUUUCAGGAGGAGAUUGUCCGGCUGAAAGCCCAGCUGGAGAAACGCGGCAUGCUGGGGAAGAAGAGGCGAAGGAGCAGCCGGAGGAAGAAAGCGGUGGAUGGAGAAAGCGCCACCGAGAACGAAGGGGAGGAUGACAAUGAGGACGGCCUGGAGAAGAACAUGGAGAAUUACUUGAAGGAGCAGAAGGAGAAGCUGGAAGAGGAGAAAGCCGCUAUCCAGGACGACCACAGCCUGGUGAGCGAGGAGAAGCAGAAGCUGCUGCAGGAGAAGGAGAAGAUGAUAGAGGAUCUGCGGAAGGAGCAGGAGGCCACCGAGCUGCUGGCCACCAAGUACAAGAAACGCCGGGAGCGGGAGAUGCAGCAGGAGAUGCUGCUGCGGGACGAGGAGACCAUGGAGCUACGGGAGACUUACACCUCCCUGCAGCAGGAGGUGGAGAUCAAAACCAAGAAGCUGAAGAAGCUGUACGCCAAGCUGCAGGCCGUGAAGGCGGAGAUCCAGGACCAGCACGACGAGUACAUCCGCGUGCGCCAGGACCUGGAGGAGGCGCAGAACGAGCAGACGCGGGAGCUGAAGCUCAAGUACUUGAUCAUCGAGAACUUCAUCCCACCGGAAGAGAAGAACAAGAUCAUGAAUCGCCUGUACUUCGACGGUGAGGAGGACCAGUGGAAGUUCCAGCCGCUGGUGCCCACCGGCAGCAACCAAAUGAAGAGGCGGCCCACCUCUGCGGUGGGGUACAAGAGACCCAUCAGCCAAUACGCCCGUGUGGCCAUGGCCAUGGGAUCUCAUCCUCGGUACCGGGCUGAGAACAUCAUGUUCCUGGAGCUGGACCUGUCCCCUCCGGCCAUCUUCGAGUUUGAGCGGAGCAGGGACCCGGCAGAGCAGGACCCCCGGGCUCUGCACCUGGAGAGGCUGAUGCGCCUGGACAGCCUCCUGGAGCGGCCGGCGGCCUCCCGGGUGAGGAAGUCCCGCUCCUGGUGCCAGACGCCGCGGUCACUGCCAUCCUCAACCACGCAUGUCUCCCUCACCUCCAGCUCCCCGCGCGCCACCACAAUGCCAGCUCAGGAGUGA